UGGAACGCCAUUGACAAACGAGGCGCAAUAAUGUCGGACGCGAAUCCGCCCACGUCAGAGGAGAAAAAGAACGAGCUCGAACUAUACUUGUCAGCAUGUAACAUAUGCGGUCAAAGCCAUGACACGCACGAGUGUCCCUUUUUGCUCGAUCUGCAUUAUGUUUCGGAUUCACCUGUAUUGUCAAGGGCGAGGCAAACUCUCCCCGAUACGCUUGAAAUCAGCCGUAUGGCCGAUGGAUCGACCACCGUCUUAACUAAGGUUAACCUUCAAAGAGGCACCACUUUUGGUCCACUGUACGCUAAGAGGAUAUGGACUAUGAACCCUUUGACAAACUUUCCAAUCCGUGUGUUUGGGAGGACACCUGCAGAAACGUAUCAUUUAGAUUACUCCAAUGAGAAUAACUCCAAUUGGAUGUGUUUUGUUGUACCUGCAUCUAAUGCUAAAGAGCAAAACCUUAUCUGUUAUCAGGUGAAGCAUGAUAUAUUUUAUACAGCAAUGCGCGCGAUACCUGCUGGAGAAGAGUUAAGAGUUUGGUAUGCACCGUACUAUGCGUUGAAAAUGAAAAUGCCACUGUAUAAUACGGACUUUGCGAAUGUUAGCGCUACAUUGCCUGAAACUGAAAUUCAACAAAUAAUUAAAACUGAAUGCAACGGAGACCAAAUCGGAUUAUUAAAUAAAGAUGUUGCUCAAGAGUUAGCAGAAAAACUGCCAGCUCAACAUUUAGGUGCGAGAGAUGAUAAAGCAGCGUGGACUUGUAGAAUAUGUUCUACAGUUAUCUAUUCUGUGGUUGCCUAUGCAAAACAUUUAAUGGAACAUUAUAAACCAUUGAUUGGUGUACAUUGUAACAUUUGUAAUAGGAAAUUUAACAAUUUUUCGGCAUUGGAGAAACAUAGGAGUACAAAGCAUAGCGAUGAAGUAUCAGGAGACGGUAUCGUUGGCAUUCCAACAUCGGAAUGUCAGCAACAGCAAAAUGCUCAAACUGUAUUUCUGAAUAUCAGCGAUUCCGAUGGGCAGACAUCGGAUGCUAUGAAGGAUAUACUAGAAAAGUUUAAAGCUGGCAGAGCGAUGACAGAAAGUAGUUUACUACUGUCGUCAUUGCCAAAUGAAAAAGAAAAUCAAUCCGAACUUCCACUUUUGGAUACCAGUUCGAUAAAUGUCAAUGACUUGUUACAGAAUAACGGGUCUUUGAUAGAAAAUGCAUCUUUGAAGUCGAUUCUUGAAAAUCAAUGUUUGAAUAUGAAUCUGGGCUUAAAUACCAUGACAGACUCAAUGUUGACAGAGAACAUAUCUGGCGUUGAUUCGGUUAAGUUUAACGUCGAAGAAUUAGCGUCCGAUUUAUUAGACAUUGUGCCAGACGUUGAUAACAUAAAUAAGCGAAUUGACAAUUUAGAGUGUGAUAUCUGCGUCAAGAAAUUUGACAAAGUGGACUACUUGUAUCGACAUUUAAGGAAACAUACUGGAGAGUUUAUCUGCCCAUCUUGCUUUACUGUUUUUGCGAGAAAGGAAAAUUUGCUAUCGCACACCUGUUUCUCUCAAAAAUUAGAUUAUCAUUACGAGUGCCCCUAUUGUCAAAAACCAUUUAUGCUAAAAAAAUACUUAAAAAGACACAUCGUUAAACAUUCAGAAUGGAAUAACUGCAAAUGGUGCCAUCGUCCGUUUACCACGCAAUCGGAACUUGAAGCACAUAAAUGUUUGGCACCAAAGCAUAUAUGCGUUCAAUGUGGAAAAAGAUUCGUACACCGGACGCAUUUAAAUCGUCACGUAAAGUUACACAACGACCCCAAGCCGGCCACAAAGAGGAUUAGAAAAAAGACGGAGAAACCAGAGAUCUGUGAAAAAUGUGGAGAUGUUUUUAAGAACCCUUACAGUUUAAAACAACAUUUACGUUCCCACGGAGAACGUACAUUCGAGUGCGACGUAUGCCACAGGCGAUUUCAUAGAAUAGGUGUAUUAAAGGAGCAUAAAGCUGUUCAUCAAAGUGCCCAAAUUCCAUGUAACAUUUGCGGAAAAACACUGAAAAGCAAGAAAGCCUUGGACAUCCAUAUGCUCUUGCACGGCAAUAAAAAGUAUCAAUGUGAUAAAUGUGAUAAGAGUUUCUUCCAAAGGUGCAAUUACCUUAAACACUAUAACCAGGUGCAUCGUGAAAAGGUUAUCCACAAAUGUCCACAUUGUAUGACACAGUUUACAAGCAAAUCAACCUUCGACAAGCACGUUGCAAACCAUACAAAGCCUGCCCAGUUUACUUGUACGUCGUGUCAAAAAUCUUUUCAUAAGGAGUAUCAGUUAAAGCGACACGUGCAAACCAGCCAUAGCGGUAUCAUAUACCGUUGUCCCUUUUGUCGAAUGACUGCACGUCACAGGCACAGCAUGAGAAGACAUUUUGAGCGUCAACAUAACAGCCUUCGGGAUGAUUGGGACAAACCUGGUUUUGUAAAUCAACUAGCCGAAAAAACGCCCGUGCAAUUAACCGAACAAAAUACUGACAAACCGAAAAUGGAUGCAACACAAGCUACUUUCGAUGGCGCAGUUUCCAAAGAACUCAGAAAUCCGGAUAGAGCUCAAGAUUUAACCAAUGAAAACUGUUACUCGAACGAAGGUACGUCGCUCUCUACGACAGAGGUUCAUAGAACUGAAUUUACCCAACCACAAAUGGAUUCCUCGUCACAAUUAAACAUGGGACAAGUUAAUUGUGAAUCUUUGAAUGGUCAAGAGAUUCUACUACAAGUGUCUGGCAUCGAUCAGCAGGAGAACAUUGGGAAUGCCGAUUUAUCUUUAUCCGAAGUACCUCAACUGAGUAUAAGUGAGUCGGACUCUCAUUUAGCUGAAUCCGUGUUAGGAAAUGCAUACAUUUUUGGCGAAGAUGGUGGAGAUAUAAUGUUCUAUGUGCUAGAUAAUGCUCCAGUCAGUGCCGAGUAUUAAAAUGGCAUUUCUCAUUUUUGUACAGCACAUAAAUCAGGGUUUAUCGUAUAAGUGGUAGUAUCGUAUAUUAUUUAGCGCGAAAAUCUUUAGUAAUUGUUACAUCGAAGUGCCCUCAUAAACGUUGCAAGAGAAAGUAGAAUUUAAUAGGAGAUCAUCUGGAAAUGAAUUGUCCCCUUUUUUUUUUAAAUUUGUAUUGAACUGUGAUACGUUGUAGGUUACAAAAGUGUAAAUUAGUUUAACAUUUUGUGGACCCAAAGAUCCACAACUUGACAGCAUUUAUAAUUGCUCCGUUGCUAUCACAUGUAGCAGUAUACAUGUUUAUUUUCCUUUACAUUGUUUAACAGUGUAGGUAAAAUCCCAAUUGAGCAAUGUGUCGUGCAAUUUACGUUCACUAACUAAUUGAAAAAUUAAAUCUUUCGCAUUGAUACCUUUUUUAAAACCUAUAGCGCAUGUUACCAUAUGAAAAUGCAUAAGACUGACUUUACUGUGAUACAUGUAUUUUAAGUACAUGUAAAUAAGAAAGCAUUGUUCAGAGAAUUAUGUAGUUUAUUCGUAAUUAUAGAAGCUUCCGAUGGAAGUUCUAUACUCAAUCUAAUCCAUGUAAAUACGAUGAAAUAUAAUGUUCAUUUUUGCCGUAUCGAAUGCGAAGGGAGAGCAAAAACCUGAUGAUCGUUUAUCUGAAGAAGUAAUAACAGAAGGAGUACUUGUAUUGCAUGAUUCUUUCCACACUUCGAAUUAAGACGAGUUGUUGUAAUGUAGUGUAUAUAAAUGGAGUGAGCAAAGAGAGCUUCUAAAAAACCAUAAAUCUUAAUGUUAUUAACAGUAAUUACAUUGCUUUCAUUAUGUCUUUAAGAAACUCACUUUUAUCAUAAGUACCAACUACAAUCGUGAAACCAUUCGUCAACUAUUAUAUUAGUUAAUAAUUGCCCUCUAUACUUUCGUGGGGUUUAAACGAUCGAAAGUAAGAAUCUUUCUGGCUCUCUGUACAAUUAGAAUGUUUAGACUGUAUCUUAAAAGAUAUUAUUAUAUGUUGUUAAACAUAUAUCGUUAAAAAAAAGUGACCUUUUAACUAUAUAAAUAUAAAAUAAUACGACGUUUACGCGUAGAUUGAGCAUCUAGAUAUCACUUUCUAUAGUCGUUAAGGUUCAAGAUAAUUCAGACUAAUCGGUCUCUUUUACUACCGUGUAAUAUAAAUCGGAAAAUUAUAUGCGUUGUAUUUCCUUAAUCGCCAUAUCCACGAUACAACUGUAAGGUAAAACGGUUUUGUUAUCGUUACAGACGUGUAUAAUAAGUUGAACAACAAGAAUCAAUCGACAUCAUUUACUUGACGCGGAUAAAAACACUGUAUUCUCUUUUAUACCAUAAUCUUAUCUUAAAGUAAAGAAAAGAUUCGA